AUGCCGCUGUACUCGGAGCUGUACCACAACUACGUCGGCAACACGCCGAUCAUCCCGACCCCGAUGGUGUCGGUCGGCUCGUCCACCUACAGCCCGCCGACCUACGUCGGCGUGUCGCGGGCCUUCCCGAACCCGCUCGGGGUGGCCACCCGGACGGCGCCCUCCUUCACACGCGGCUACGUCCCGAAGCUGACGCCGAUCACCGAGACGCCGCUCACGAGCACACGCAUAGCCGCCCUAGGGCGCGUCAGCUCGCCAAAGUUCAUCGGCAGCCAUGGACACCACAGCUCGCCGAGCUAUCAGAAGCCGCGGCGCACCAUCAACACGGCCGACAUCGACGUGUCGGCGGCGAAGUAUGCCGGUGUGUCCCGGUCGCUGGCUGCCUACCGGCACACUAGCGUCGGUGGAGAGUCUCCGACCGCCGGUUCGCCCUCCCGGUCCAGCAUUGCGGCCAGUCCACCGUCCGUCGCACCAUCCGUCAACUCCUCGAUCAACCUGACGGCGACGGCACCGGCGGUCGAAGCGGAGCGCAGUCCGCGGGAGUCGGCGAUGCCAAUGUCUGCCCGUGAUCAAGAGCUCAGCGAGCGCAGCGAACAGCGACGUGCCCGGUCGACGAUCAACCGUAAUCGCACCGUGGUGCGGCUGAACACGAUCCGUGCCCGGAGCCGAUCGCGCGGGAGUCGUGGCAGCACCGAGGGCCGAGAUCGCAGUGGUGGUGUGGGCACCGGCUCACCUACCACCUCCGAGCCAACGUUCGACGAGGAGAUGCUGCUGCUGGAACCGCCAACAGUGCGUUCGGCGGGGGCAGGCGGUACGUCCUCCUGGCGGGACAACUUCCGCGAUGAGCUGUACCUGCGACCGAGGGUGCGCACCGAGCCGAGCAAGUCGCCGGGUGAGCUUCUGCUCGAGAAGCACCUCAUACGAGACGGUGAUGGGUGCGCACCGCUCGAUGUGACGACGCUGGCCCAGCAGCACUCGCCGGUGCUGAAGCGUCGCGGAACGCUGCGCCGUAAGAGUGCCGCCAAGAUACCGAGCUUCCACGAGAUCUGCGCCGACAUCAGCUCGGACAAGCUGGACGACGAUCUGAACGCGGGCGAACUGCGGCGCCGGGCCUCACAGCUGAUCGAGGACGAGCUGCUACAGUUUCAGGAGGAGCUCAAGAAGGCCGCCCAGGUGGCGGCACACACGACCGACCUAGGCGGACUGGCGGACCCCGUCACACCCGACACGCUCGAGGAGCGCCUGAAGGAGGCGCUCGAGCAGCAGAUUGCGCAAGACUCCGGCGUCGAGGUGGCGGAGAAACGCAAACUCAAAAAGAUCAAGCGCACCAAGACAAAACCGUUGCCACGGCUGGACGCCGAGCCGAACGAUCAGGCGACCACGGAGCAAGACCAUGACGCGGUGGUGGUUGUGAGGAACGCGACGCCCGCACUCGCACCAAAGAUCGUGGCCGAGGUCGAGUCGAUCGAGGAGUGCACCGUUUUUAAGCUUCCGAAGAAGAAGAAAAAGACGCCAACUAGCAGCUCGGAAGAGAAGGGAGAAGACGAGGGUACUGGCACCGGCACGAAGAAGGAAAGCGCUGUGUUGCGUACCACUGAGAAGCAACCGGUGCAGGUGGCCAACGUCGAGCGGCCGGUCGAGCAGCGAGCAGUCCUGGCCAACGGGUUGCCGGGGUCGGAGGGGUCGAAGCAGGCUUCGACGUUGCCGGAAGUAUCCGGGGAGGCAAAGACAGGCGUCGCAAUGGCUGGUCCGUGCGACGCCAGCAAACAAGCGGGCCCAAAAGUGGAGCUAAACAUUGCGCCCGAUGGAGCAGGCAUGCAGAAAGGGGGGGCAAAGGAGCAACCGAAGCCGACGUCUAAGGUCGGCAUCAAGACAUACAUUCGUAAAAAGACGGUCGAAAACUUGCCAGACAUAUGCAGCGAGUCUUUGUCGACGAAGGAAGCGGUUGCGCGGGUGGUGGAGGCCGCAAAGCCAAAGACAGUGAACGAAGGUGGAGAAUCGAAGCAGUCGGUGGAGCAGAAAACACCAGCACCGAAACAGCAGGAAGCCAGCAAUGUACCAACGCAACCGAUCCCCACAAAUUCCCAAGCGGAGUCGACCAAACCGGCGGAAGUCAAGCCAGCGAUGACCACUCCGAAAACUAUCCUCUUGGGUAACAGGGAGAACAAGCUCGGAGCAAAACUUGGAGAACUGGAGCAAGUUCCAGAUAUGCAACCUGGUGUCUCCCCUGCGGUACCAAAGUCUAUAAAGCCAAGUACGUUACCAUUAGAAGAUACCACUGCAGCAAAGAAGAUCUCUGGGGAAGGAUGUUCAACAGUUGCGCAGAAUGGAUCGGUACCUCCAUCACCUACUCUUGUGAAGGAGGAAAAAGGAAAGAAAUUAGAUCUGGAUGCCCUUCCGAAGCUACCUAGCCAGGAGAAGAAUACAUCGAAUGAUACUAAAGGAGUCACGACAACAUUGGGUGAUAAACAAGAACAAAAACCGAAGAAUACAGACAUUCAGAAAGUUAGUGUGGUGCAAAAAGAGGAUGAGUCGAAAGCACAAAGCCUACAGAAGGAUACAACAGAAUCUCCCAAGGUCACUCAAAAGGUUAUAGACUCAAGUUUGGGUACCCUCGCAAAGCUGACUAGUGUGGAGAAGAAUGCGCCUAAGGGAGCUAAACCAACAUUGGGUGAACAACCAGAACAGUUAGCAAAGAAUACAGAUAUUCAGAAAGUCAACCUGGUGCCAAAAGUGGAUGAAACGAAAGCAUCCAGUCUACAGAAGGAAGCAUCGGAAUCUCCAAAGGGUACUAAAAAGAUUGCAGAGCAGGUGCAAGAACAAAAGCCUAAGCCAGACCCACUCAACUUCGGUAAGGAUGUACAAGGUAAACUGAAAGGUUUAAACACUACCUCAGUGAACCAAGACGAGUUGAGAACCCAAAAAACCAAUAUCAUGCCAGCCGAACAGAAGGUGCCAAAACCAUCUCCCCUGGUAAAACAAGGUGGGCUCGAGGAAGGCUCGGUGGGGGUGACAGCUGCUCCAAAACUUGGACCGCUCGGUAAGCCGAUGUUGCGCAAAAAACCGGCCGAACUUAGCAAGAGCGCGACCGACGAGCAGGACUUCUGGAGCGCAAUCGGAACCCGUGAGACGGUAUCGUUUGCGCGGAGGAAGCAGCAAAUCGAACGCAUCACGCAGACCAUGACGUUGGGCCAGUUCAGCGAGCAGGAGGAGCAACCCUCACCUGUGACCUCUCCGACGAUCCAGAAAAAGACGAACUUCCCGGUGCCCGCGGCAGUGCCGUCGCCACCUGCUUCGCCCGGCGCUGCUCAAAGUAAGCCAUUCCAAGUCGGUAGCACUGUGGCGCAACCCACGCAGCAACCGGUUGCAGGGCCAGUGUCACCAGUACUCACCAAAGAUCGGCCAUCGGUAGCUAAAGACACACCGCUGGCUAAGGUUAAACCAAGCGGAGAGACUACGGCGUCGACUGCGCCGUUGGGAGGUACCACACCAAAACCGGAUACAAAGGUAAACUCCGUUACAUCUGAUGCUAAAAUCACACCCGCACAAUUAAAGGAUACUCUCACGGCGGGACCUGACAAUGGCGGAUUGCGAGUGGGUGGAACCGAUUUGAUAGUAAAACCAAAGGUAGAGGAAAACCUCCCCAAAACGACUACAAAGACUGUCGAAGAUAAAGCUACCCCGAGUACCAAGAGUGUCGAUAUAGACCAAAAGGUGGUCAAAACAACGACUCCAGUGAAAGAUGAGCUAGCAGUCGGAAGCGACAGCGCUCCGAAACUCAAAGUGCCACAAAAGCUGGCGGCUGUCGAGAGUAAGUCUGCAGGGUUUGUAUCAUCCGAAGCGCCGGCUACGGUAACACAGGCAGUGACUCCAAAGAAAGAGCUGCCACUGAAGGAUGCGGUAACUCAGGCAGUGACUCCAAAGAAAGAGCUGCCUCUGAAGGAACCCGCCGUUGCUAAGAAAGCCACACCAGCAGACGGCAAGUCUUUGCUGCAGACGGCAACGACAGGGAAACUGCCACUUCCGGCACUGCAUCCGGGCACGGGAGCACUGAUCGACACCAAGAAGCUGUCGCCGAAGGAGCUCAUCAAGGCGGUGGCACCCACCAUCGCUGCCGCCGCCGAGAAAAAGUUGGCCGAGGAAAAAUCGAAGCAGGCAUCGAACGCCUCCACCGCACGAACCACGAGUGUGGCAGGCGCUAGUACUGUCACCACCACCACCACCACCACCGCCACCUCGAUCACCUCGACGACAACUACCCUCGCGAUUUCCUCGAGCGCCACUGACACUGUCGUAAAGAAACCGGCCGAAGAGCCGACGGUGAAGAAGGUGAUCGUGAAGAAAGUGGUCAAAGCGGUCAAAACGAAAGCGGCAGAGCCUCUGGCGGCCAAGGCUAAAGCCGAGCAACAGCUCGCCCAACAGCGGAAGGAGGCGCAAGAACAAGAACAGCGUAGAAUCGCCGAGCAGCAGCAGCAACAGCAGCAGCAGAAUCUCGAGCGCAUGCAAGCAAAGCUGAACCAAAUCACGCUGAACAUGGGCGCGAAGGGGCUCACGGUGGAGGUGAAGGAAUGCCAAAAAUGUCAGUCGGCGAUCGUGUCGGAGGCGCUUCCGGUCGCGGCAGCCAUCGCGUCGGCGACGCCCAAGCAGCAGCCGAUCGCCAAUGGUGGGAAGCUGACGAAGAAUAAAUUCGGUACGCUAGACAACCUGAGCGACCUGUCUGCGGUGAACACUCGCGAGAGAAACAACAACGCUAGCAAACAAACAAAGGUGGUUGCAGCAGCAACUGGUGCAUCACAACCGCAGCAGCAGCAGCAGCCGGAGCUGCAACAGCAGAAGAAAGUGUACCUCUCGAGCAGUGACGACGAAGACGGUGAGGACAGCGCAUCGGAAACAUCGUUCUCGGGCGUAGAAGACGACUGGUCAUCGGAGGAAGACGAUAUGGCGAACGACAAGCCGGAGAAAAAGAAGCCGUUCGAUCCGACCAAGCGGGUCAAGCUGAACUUCGACCAGAUGCGCAAGUGCUACUCGAAGGAGGAGAAGUGCCCGAUCGUGCUGGUCGCCCGGCCGCGCCCCCUGUGGAAGGUGAAGCGGCACGGGCACCGGCACAACCGGAAGGCGGAUCUGACCAGCAGCAGCAGCGGCAGCAGUGGUGGCAGCGGCAGCGAGGAUGAGAGCACCACCACCACCAGCAGCACCACCGAUCAAACGUCCUCGGAGACGGCCUCCACCAUGGACGGCGCGACGUCCGACAUCAACACCGACAGCAGCGUCAACUCGAGCACAGGCGGCUCCAAGGGCAAGUCGGGUGGUGGCCGAGGGCGCCACCAGGGCGCGGCCGGCAAGGCCGGAUCGGGCAAGUCGGCGACCGACCCGUUCGGUGACAUCUACGACACGCCGAUGGUGAUCCCGCUACACGCCGAGCCACGCUGCAGCAGCAGCAGCCGCAAGAGCGGCUCCUCCAAGGACGAGAACAACAACACGGCGGCGCUUGUGGACGCGCUGGCCGCAGUCGACGACGAGGACGAGCGGGCACGCUCGAUGAGUGCCGGACACGACGUACGAAGCGCUAGCACCAGCAGCCACGACUCCGGCUUCUAUGGCGGCGGUACCGCACCGAUCAGCCCCAAGAAGGCGUUAGAAACGUCAUAUACGUACGCCCAGUUCCAGAAGACGGGCAAACUGACAGCACCGGCCACGGUGAUUCCGCGCUUUAGGAAGUACAACGUUGACGACUUCCACUUUUUGACUGUUUUAGGCAAGGGAAGUUUUGGAAAGGUAUUUUUGGCUGAGUUGAAAAACUCCGACUACUACUACGCGAUCAAGUGUCUGAAGAAGGACGUGGUGCUGGAGGACGACGACGUCGACUGCACGCUGAUCGAGCGCAAGGUGCUGGCACUCGGUACCAAGCACCCGUUCCUGUGCCACCUCUUCUGCACCUUUCAAACCGAUAGUCAUUUGUUUUUUGUUAUGGAGUACCUGAACGGUGGUGAUCUGAUGUUUCACAUACAACAGAGCGGCCGGUUCCCGGAGGCGCGAGCCCGGUUCUACGCCGCCGAAAUUGUGUCGGGUUUGAAGUUUUUGCACCGAAAGGGCAUCGUCUACCGUGAUCUUAAGCUGGACAACGUUCUGCUCGACUACGACGGGCACGUGCGAAUAGCAGAUUUCGGCAUGUGCAAGCUGGAAAUCUAUCUGGACAAGCUAGCGGACAGCUUCUGUGGUACACCUGAUUACAUGGCACCUGAAAUUAUAAAGGGUCAAAAAUACAACCAAGCUGUCGACUGGUGGUCGUUCGGAGUGCUAGUGUACGAGAUGCUCGUCGGCCAGUCACCGUUCAGCGGCUGCGACGAGGACGAGCUGUUCUGGUCGAUCUGCAACGAAAUUCCGUGGUUCCCGCACUAUCUCUCCAAGGAGGCGCUGCGGUUGCUGCAAUCGCUGCUGGAAAAGGACGCCUCGAUACGCCUGGGCGUCCUCAACACCAUGGACGAGGAGAGCGACAUCAAGUAUCACCCAUUCUUCAAUAGUAUUAUCUGGGACAAACUGGAGAGACGAGCCAUCGAGCCACCGUUCAAGCCGCAAGUGCGGCAUCCACUCGAUACGCAGUAUUUCGACAAGCAGUUUACUCGGGAGCGAGCGCGGCUGACGCCCAUCGAUCGCAACAUCCUCGCCUCGAUGGACCAGGCCCAGUUCGAGGGCUUCACCUACACCAACCCGAACAAUACGCUAACGAAAAUACGCGAGAAGCAGAAGAAGAGGCAGAAGAAAAUGUACUUCUGUCCCCAGUGCGGUGAUAUUAAGGUUACGUACAACAUAUUCUGAUGAGUUUCCCGGCUUCCCUGGAGACCCCGGGGGAAAAGCUCUCCGCGGGGAAAAAGGGUCCGAGCAAAUGGAGCAAAACGAAACUGCACCAAGACGUAUACGAGCAAGCUUGCGCCCAUCGU